CAACAAUUCCAAUCAUAAAAUAGAGCAAAAUGCGCACAAAAUCAAAACAGCAGCAAAGGCUGCUUCUACUACUGCUAACAGCAAGAGCAACAGUAUCAGCAACAGAAACAUUAGACACAGCCACUGUAGACGAGCCACUAUGGCCCCUCGCCAUCAACACAUGGGCCGGCCCCUUCCAAGCCGCCACUGACGCCGCCUACCUCGCUCUAAAAGACUCCUCCUCAGCCCUGGAUGCCGUGGAAAUCGGCUGCUCGACAUGUGAGCGCAACCGCUGCGACGGGACCGUCGGGUUCGGCGGCUCACCCGACGAGAACUGCGAGACUACCCUCGACGCCAUGAUCAUGGACGGCGUCACCAUGAAGUCCGGAGCCGUUGCCGGUCUGCGGCGCAUCAAGGACGCCAUCUCUGUGGCUCGUCAUGUCCUUGAGCACACAUCCCACACGCUCCUUGUCGGCGACCACGCCACCGAGUUUGCCGUGCAGAACGGCUUCACACCACAAGACCUCUCAACGCCCGAGUCUCGCGCCAAAUGUCAAGAGUGGAAGCAGGCCAAGUGCCAGCCCAACUACCGUCUACAGGUUUCCCCCGCUGCGAGCACAUCAUGCGGCCCAUACAAGCCCUUGCAGAAGCAAGACCAACAGUCUCCUGUAGAUCAGGGACAGGCAUCCCACGACACCAUCUCGCUGAUUGCGAUUGACGACGACGGCGUCAUGGCCGCGGGGACAUCAACCAACGGGGCAUCGCACAAGAUUCCAGGACGUGUCGGUGACGGACCGAUUACAGGAAGCGGGACCUACGUAGAUGGAGAUGUCGGGGCUUGCGGCUCGACAGGCGAUGGCGACAUUAUGAUGCGCUUCCUGCCAUGCUACCAGGCCGUGGAGAGCAUGCGCCGGGGCAUGACUCCGCAAGAAGCUGCGGAUGAUGCGAUUAGACGAAUACUCAAAAAGUAUCCCAAGAUGUCCGCGGGCAUUGUCGUGGUAGAUAAACAGGGACGGCAUGCGGGUGCGUCGGCCGGGUUUGAAGGGUACAGCUAUGCGUAUCGCGGGGGAGACAUGAAGAAGACAAAAGAGGUCAAGAUUAAACCGAUAAAAUCGCUGCAGGGCGAGCCAACAGAGUUGCGCUUGCAGGGUGUAUUGUAGAAUAUCGAGAGGGACUAGACUAGAGAGUGUGUUUUAUUCUAAAGAACAGAAUUCACAUCGAAGCCAGUAUCAGCGCGGAAUGAAUUUAGUCCACGCUGAAAUGCAUUUUUAUAG